AUGGCUGCUUCGGCAGUUACCGAGGGUGUGGCGCUCCGCCACGGAACCGUCGCUCAGAUCCGCCCGCGCUCCGUUCUCCUCGCGGACGGCGGGGAGCUCCCCGCUGACGUCAUCAUGUACGCCACCGGCUCCGGCGCUGUGACGGAGGCUGUGGCGCGGCUGACGUCACAGGAGGUCGCCGCGAAAGUGGGUUCCGUAUGGGGUUACGGCUCGGGGCUUGACGGCGAUCAGGGGCCUUGGGAGGGGGAAUUGAGAACGUGUGGAAACCGACGGCGCAGGAAGGGCUCUGGAUCAUGA